AUGGCUAAAUUCGUGCUUGCUGGUAAAACGGACUGUCCUUAUUAUGCCAAAGCGGAACUUUUAGCGGACGCUCUGCAGCGAUGUCUGCCGAAUUUCAGCAUCCAUAAGAUCUCUAUCCUCCCAGAUGACUGGCUGGAAUGGCUGGAGAACACUUGCCAAGCAAAUAACUGGAAACACGAGGAGUCCCCUGUGAUUUGGAGGGAGCUGGUGGAGCAAGGGGGCAAAGGGAUGCUCCUGGGGGGCUUCAAUGACUUUGUUGCGCACUGUCUGGAAUACUACAACAUCACGUCUGACAUGACCAUGGACACGAUGCUGAGUAUCGCAGCAGAGAAUCUGGCGGCCCAGCUGCUCCUGAUGGAGGAGGAAGCCCACCGCCUCAGCCUCAUCAAACCUCUCCACCUCUGGAUCAGCAGUGCUCUCAGCCCAACCAGCCACUUCCUGAUCCCCAACCUGCUCUCUGCCAAGGUGUUCCCCCUUGCGUCUGUCAUCAGCCUCCACCUCUUGGACCUGGAGGGGGACGAGGAGGACCUGCAGUGGCUGAAGAUGUCGGCGGAGGACCUGGCAAUCCCUAUGCUCCAUCAGGUGACCAUUCACACCGAUCUGGAGCUAGCCUUCCAAGGAGCGGAUGUCGUCCUCCUCCUGGACGAGAACUGGGCUUCUUUGAGCGUCUCUGGUGAGGAGUGGUCUAACGACAGCGAUGCAGAGAGUGUCGAUGAGCCGGAGAACAGAGAGAAGAAGAUGACUGUAAUCACCGAUAUCUACAACGAGUACGGAAAACUGAUCAACUCCAGGGCGAACGAGGAGGUGAAGGUCAUCGUGGCCGGCGACUCAUUUGUCAACCUGAGAUGCUCUCUCCUUCUGGACAAGGCUGAACGUAUUGAGACCCACCGAUUUGUCGCCAUGGCAACCCAUCUGGAAAACGAAGCAAGGUCCAUACUGUCAAAGAAGCUGAAAGUUAUGCCGUCAGAUGUCACAAAUGUCUACGUGUGGGGAAAUAUCAGUGGUAGUUUCUAUGUUGACGUGCGGAGGACAAAUGUUUACAACUUCGAUGGGGCAAUUAUUGGACCAUCUUUCUUUUCCCAGCCCAUCCUGACGAUCUUCCACGACAGGAAAUGGUUGGAGACAGUCUUUCAGGACUUGGUUCGAUGUCAGCGUGCGGCUGUGGCUGAAAAGACCUGCCAGGCAUCUGCCAUGUCCAACGCCAACGGGGUCCUCACAAUCCUGAGGGCUUGGAACGGCCAGUGCACUCCAGGUCGAGUCUUCUCUCUGGGUGUCCUGUGUCCAGGCAGCUUCGAUCUCCAAGAAGGCAUCGUCCUCUCGGUUCCAGUGACCUUCACAGAUGAUAAAUGGUCCCUGUUUGAAGUGAAUGUUAGUUACGAGCUGAACGAGAGACUUCAGGUUUCUGCGUGUGAACUCCUGACGGAAAGAGAACCUCUAUCAGAAGAUUAUGAUGACGAGCUGGACAUCUGAGACAUUAA